UGACCAGUUUGUGUUUUCUACCGUGGACUCGAAAGUAAGUUGGACAGGAAGACUGGAAGCUUCAGAGAUGCCGAGCAAAAAGAAGAAAUUCAAUGCUCGAUUUCCUCCGGCUCGGAUCAAGAAAAUUAUGCAAACAGACGAGGACGUCGGCAAGGUUGCAGCGGCCGUACCUGUUAUAAUUUCCAAAGCUCUUGAGAUGUUUGUACAGUCACUUGUAGAAAGGGCGAGUGAAUACACUAGAGCGAGAAAUGCCAAAACCAUGACCACGUCCCAUCUAAAGAGAUGUAUCACAUCAGAAAACCAGUUUGACUUUUUGAAAGACUUAGUAGCUAAUGUUCCGGAUCUACCUUCAAAUGAAGAGGAACGAGAUGGAGAACCCAAACCAAAAAGAAAAAGGACUCCAAAAGAUCCUGUGCAGAACAAAGAGAGAAAGAAAUCUGAUAAAAGAAAACCACAAACCAUGACAGUGUCUGAUGAGUCUGAAGAAGUGGAGUCUGAGGAAGAAGAUUCUUCAUCUGAAGGAACUAGUAAUCAUAAUAGUGUGAUGCCACCAUCAAUACCAUCCAUAACACUAACAAGGCCCAGCACAGCUGACCACAAUCAAGAAUGUGAAUCGUCUUUAGUGGCUGUGAAUGCCCCCAGACUUGGUCAAAUGUCAGGAAUAAUGGGCAACUCAUUAGAUGAAGAUGAUGAUUACGACUCGUGAAAACCUUGAGGAAGAGACAUUUUACUUCUUUUUAAAAUAAUUCAACCCAUGACAUCCUGCUGUUGAUGUUUUGCUGCCUUGGCAAAAGGAAUUUUAAUGCACUGCAUUUGACUCUACUCUUACAUAUCAGAGUGUCUUACACAUCAGCCGAGACUGCAGUGGUAAACCAGUCAACACGAUGUAUUAUUGACUGAUAUUUCCACAAACUCUGCAUGGAGUUUGUGUUAUCUUGUAACUUUCAUUGGAUUCUAUUAAUUAGCAUUCUUCUGGCAAAUACAUCGCUGUUUUUUUUUUCACGGAUGAAAGUCUUCUAGUCUUGAAAGACGUCUUAAACUCCAAAGGAAACUAGGUACAACCAUUACUGAUAUUACGUAAUGCUAAAUAGUGAAGUAAGUUUAUUUCCAAAGGAAAGCUGUUUUUACUAUGAGUACUUUUGCACGUGCCUUAUAAUUUAGGACAGUGAAGUCUUGACAAUACCAUUCUGAUAUCAUGCUACUUAUUUUUGUUACUAGUCUUGACAAUAUUUUCCUCUUAGUAAUGCAUUUCUUCAUUGGUUAUUUGCUGUUGUCAAGACGUUGCUGAAGAAAUUUGAUGACGAUAACGAUCAGGACUAACGGACAAGGCUGAUUGUCGACAAGUCAUCUCUCAGUUGAAUGCUUGACUAGCUCGAAGUCUUUAGAUCACGUGGCAUUUUGCUUCUUCAUUGCAUGCAAAAUAUUCGCUCUGUAUUGUAAUAAGCUGGUUCAGCAGUGAGUGCCUCAGAUGGUUCAGUUCAUACCACCUAAGGACUUGUGUAAAUUAAACUGGAUUAGUUGGAAGCCUCGAGUAACUUACUAGUGGUCGUCAUUAAUGAACUGUGUUGUCAGGUUUGUUCCUUUUUUACAAAACUAUGUUAGCCCUGAGCAGUUUUAUUGUACUGAAAAUAAAUUUGUACCAGAUUUAUUUUA